UUAGACACGUGACCAGAAGCGAGUCACCUGAGCCCUAAGGAAACACUUUUCUGGUUUGAGCUCGGUUCGGCUGUUAUUCGAUCAUGUCUAGUUGAUCGCUGUGUGUCUGGAAUUCUUUGUUUCGCUGUUAAAUGAGUUUAAGGUUCGUGAUUUAGUUUAAAAUGUUACCAUUUCUGUUCCUCGUCGCCGCUGUGUCUCGCACAGCAGCGCGUUACACGCCGGACUGGUCGAGUCUGGACGCCAGACCGCUGCCCUCCUGGUACGACGAGGCUAAAUUGGGCGUUUUUGUCCACUGGGGCGUGUUUUCUGUCCCGGGGUUCGACAGCGAGUGGUUCUGGUGGCACUGGCAGGGCCAGGAGCCGCCGGACCCAAAGUGUGUGAGCUACAUCAAGAACAACUACCCACCUGAGUUCAAGUACACGGACUUUGCCGGUCAGUUUCACGCUCAGUUCUUCGACCCAGAGGAGUGGGCGGACAUCUUCAAAGCCUCUGGGGCCAAAUAUGUCGUCCUGACGGCCAAACAUCACGAGGGCUUCACAAACUGGGGGUCUCCAAAUUCAUGGAACUGGAAUUCAGUUGAUGCUGGUCCUCACAGGGACCUAGUGGGAGACCUGGGAGAGGCAAUCCGCAACAGGAGCACAUCGGCGAUGCACGUGCACCUUAAAAGGAAGCCCGUCAUGGCGGAGAACAAAGACUCGUCUCGAUCGCUGCACUACGGACUCUACAACUCCCUGUAUGAGUGGUUUCAUCCUCUUUAUUUGAAUGACAAGAAAAAUGAUUUCAAGACAAAGGAGUUUGUGACACAUAAACUACUUCCAGAGCUCUAUAACAUGGUUGUAAGGUAUCAACCUGAGCUGAUCUGGUCUGACGGAGACUGGGAAGCACCAGACACCUACUGGAACUCUACUGAUUUCUUGGCGUGGCUCUACAAUGACAGUCCCGUUAAAGAUACUGUUGUGACUAAUGACCGAUGGGGUGCUGGCUGCGCCUGUAAACAUGGUGGCUACUAUAAUUGCCAAGAUAAGUAUAGUCCAGGUCAGCUGCCCAGCCACAAAUGGGAGAAAUGCACAUCUGUGGACACUUUGUCCUGGGGUUACCGUAGAAACAUGAAGCUUCAAGAACUCAUGGACUUGCCUACUGUUAUAAAGGAUUUGGUCAUCACUGUGGCUCUUGGUGGUAACUACCUUCUCAACGUGGGUCCCACCUCUGAUGGAACCAUCCCCACUGUGUUUGAGGAAAGGCUCAGGGGUGUUGGAGCUUGGCUUGCAGUCAACGGAGAGGCCAUCUUUGCCUCCAGACCCUGGAGGGUUCAGAUGGAAAACACUACCAUUCCUGUUUGGUUUACCUCUAAAGGUUCCUCAAUCUAUGCUAUCAUGACAGCUAAACCAGUAGAAACUACACUCCAGCUGCUGACACCUAAAACUUCAGCACGCAGUAAGGUGACCCUGUUGGGUUAUUCAUUCCCCUUAUCCUGGUCUCCGAUUUACCCCAACGGCGGUCUCACCAUCCUCCUACCAGAGCUACCCUACUCUCCUGGUCAUGCGUGGACGCUCAAACUAGAUAAUGUUCAGUGAUUUUCAAACAAAUCAAUUUUUCUAACUUAAAACUGCUAUCCAGAGUUUUCCUAUUUCAGCAAUUAUGCAUUUCUUUUUAAUCCAUAAAAGUGAUUGUCUUAUCUUGUACUGUGAUUGGCAAUACGUUUUUUUGUUUUGUUUGUUUUUUUGCUAAGCUUGCCCCUGUCCAGUAGAGCUCCAUGCAAUAUAAACGUAGUGCCGAUCAGCACUAACCAAUAGCAUUGGGCUACCACUUACGCACCAACAGAGAUCACAGAGCAUGCUUGAGCGUUUUUGGAUGUAUUUCGGUGAUGCAGAGUUGGCGACCUUUCUCAUGCAUAAUUAAGUCUUUAAAGGGGUCAUAUCGUAGAAAAUCCAUUUUUUUGGAGACUUUUACGAUGUGAUAUCGGUAUUUGCUCAUGAAACUAAAAAACCCAAACCCAUUUUUGGCUGCAUUCGUGCAAUUUCCUGUUUUAGCUGCAAAUUUUGAGUUAUACUUUAAAAAUUCUGUAAAGCAUCAAUAAGAACUAAUCUUCCAGAAGCGAGUCUGAAACCUAUCUCACCUGGCCAGCACAGCAUUAGUGGCGACUGCUGUCAUGUAGCAGACUUGGUAGUUCAGUGGUUAGGGCGCUAGUUUGUCAUUCAGUUUUGUGCAGGUUCGCAUCCCGGUCUGAGCAGUAACUUUUUUAUUUUGAUGUUUUUAGCUGCACUUGCCACUUUGUUUUCAAUUCUUUAUUGGUAGACUGUUUAAAACGUUUAUUUAGCCAGCGUGAGUCCAGGCGAUACUUGGAAAUGACAAAGUUCAAAGAUCUUUAGAGAUACAAAAUAUUUAGCAGAAAAUAAUCAAUUCAAUUCAGUUUAUUAAUAUAGCGCCAAAUCAGGACAAGAGUCGUCUCAAGGCACUUCAUAAAGUAAACGUUCCAUUACAGUGCAGUUCAUUAAGCCAAUCAAUAAAACGUUUCCUGUAUAAGGAACCCCGCACAUUGCAUCAUGUCACUGACUAAAACCAAAAUAUAAAAACAUGAAAUUUCUUUCUGCUGGCAAAAUAAAUUACUGCCGACACCACCGGGAGUCUUACCCACGUCAGCACAUGGCAAAACUGAGAUGGUAGAUGGCUGCCUUAACCACUGGACUACCAUAGUCAUUCAACAACUGACUCAUUUAAGACAUUGUUGUAGGCACAUUUUAUCAGAGCAGGCAUGGGCGUAGUUUCACUGAAACAAAACAUUUUAUUAGCAUGUAUAAAAUCAGGCUGACGAAAAUGACUUGAUAGUUCAAACGAUUAUAUUUUUAUGUACUGUGCCUACUUUUGCCCUGAGGUUUAAAAAGGCAUGAUAUGGAACCUUUAAAAUAUAAAUAUAUGAAUGCAAAACACAUCAUGAGCAUAACUGUGAAACAAUGUAUGUUGGCUGUUUUGUCGGCUAGAGUAACACAUUUAUCAAUGAGAGGCAUUGCGUUCGGCCGUAAGUACGAAAAUGAAAGCAACGUCUUAGUGUGAUACAUUGGUCAGCCACUAGAUGGUGCCAUCACAUAAAAUUAAUCUGCAUAGCUCCUUCAAAACAUCUUUCCGGAGUAUUUCUCUUAUCCGAUGGCACCUUCUAGUGGCUGACAAGCAUAUCACAUAAAACGUCUGUCGAUCCGUUUUAUUAUAAUGGCGACUUCAUGUUUCUUGUUUGUAAAUGUGCUUCUGUAGCCGACAGAGCUAAACACAUUGUUAUAAAAGUAUUUUCAUGUCAUGUUGUGUUUUCAUAUAUUUAUAUUUUAAAGACUUGUCCGUGAAAUGUUCAUCAACUCUGCAUCGGCCGAGGUAUUCCUUAAAUUUGAAGCACGUAAGCGGUAGUCUAACACUAUUGGUUAGUUCUGGUCUGUGCUCAGUUUCCUAUUGCACAGAGCUCUGUGGGGCAGGGGGCGUGCUUAUUAAAAAAAAGACUUAUUUGCUUACAUUAUAUCACAGUACGCGAUAAGACGAUCACUUUUACGGAUUUCUGAAAAAUCAUACAUAAUUUCUGAAAGGAGAAAACUUUGGAAAGCUACUUUAAAAGCUUGAAAUGAAUGAACACAAUUCUGGUCCAAACUCAGGUUUUUUUUUAAAUGAUUUAAAAUGUAUAGAUCUCUACUCUUGCCAAAAUAAUCUUGCUGUGUUUUUAUUCUGUCUAAAAGACAGACAUUAAACAAAUCUUGAAUGAUUCUAUAGUUGCUGUGAGAACAAAAUGUGCUAUAUUGCCUUAAAUUAUUAUGUAUUUCAUGUUCCUGAAUAUAUUUUCUUAUUUUUACAACUUUUUUCCUAAAGUUUUUUUUUCCUUAUAAAGUUAUGUUUUCAAAAGCAUUUCUCACUUUAUUGUAACUUUAUUUUCUUUAACAAAUUGAAAUUUUAAUUGCUUAUUUUCUUGUCAUAAAAUGAAAAUAAAAAACUAUCUGUGUCA